AUGCUUCCUCAAGUAUCCGCCGUGUGCGAAGUCUGUGCCGGAUGUCUGUGCGACAAGUUGUCCAUCAAUGCACUGUCUUGCUCGAACAGCUCGAAGGUCGAAUAUCACCAAUUACGAGUUCACUUCUUUCCCCGCGCCAGGAGAGAAAGCAUUCGCUCACAAAUCCAGACAUACGAAGGGAUUACUGCAAGCUCUACGAUUCCAGUUGCCUUGAUCUUGGAAAAGUAG